UUGUUUUCAGCAAAAGAAAUUAGCAAGGACGAAUAAGUCAAGAAUGUCGGCGAAGCUUCUCCCGCCCUUACAAGUUACAGUGCAAAUCCAAGCAUCUUUCCAUUAAAAAAUGGCAGAGCGUAGAGCCGCCAUGUAAGAAAAAAUACCAAGUACCAACUCCAACCAAGCUUGUGAUGUCAUUCAUGACGCCCAAUAGCUUCAAUUAACACUGUAAAGUUUCAAUCAACCAAAGAAAUCCAGUUUCGUGGGAAUCAAUCCUUCAGUAAUGGCGGCGCCUGGUGGAGGGAUGGGGCUUCUAGCAGUGAUCAUGGUGUCUGGGGGAGUGGCACUUCUUCUUCUACGGCGUCAUAAGUUGGUGGAGCUCACCUUUAACAAAUCCAUUCAAUCAAAUUCUUCUUCAGCGUUUUCUUGUCUUUUUUCAGGGGAAGACUUGCCCAAGAAGAAAAAGAAGAAGAAGGUUCAUUUUGCUGCAGAAUUGGUGGAAUGUUUUGGAGAAAAGCAAGAACAUCAUAGAGAAGAGACAGAAAGAUGUCAGCAGCAGUCCAGGAGAGCAGAUUCUGCAAUUGACAGACACCCAGUUGAAGAAAAGCAGUCAGAGCAUAACAUUCCGGCCAACAGACUUGCUCUGUACAAUGGAAUGCUUAGAUAUCGUAUGAACCAGGCAUCUUUGUACAGGUAGAAGAUGUUUUAAUGGUUUCUUGGGAAUCUUUGUCCAUGUAAAUUGAGUUCAAGAUUUCAAGAAUGUAAAGCCAUGGCUCUCAGAUUUACUACUUUGUUGAUAAGAAGUGUUGUGUACGUUAUCUGUAUAUAAGAAAAAGUUUAGUGAAAGGAGAGGUGUGAGAGUUUACCGUUGGCCCAUUAUGUACAAAUAUAAGAAAAGUUGAGAAUUGUAACUUGUUGAUUGAAGUAUAGCAUACGUCUAGCACUGUGCAUCUUUCAGACUUUAUCAUAACAAAAGUUGUAUGAAGGUUUUUCAGCAAGCAAUGACCAGAGAAUUGUUUAUUGCC